UCCGUCCAAUCGUCCUUCUCCUCCUUCACUCCUUUCGCUAGGCGUACGACUCAAUGGGCCAAGGAGCGCAUUGGUGCUUCCGACGUUGAGAAGACAGAAUUGCCCCAAGAAUAUCUUGAUCUUGAACGCCGCGUUGAUGCGUUGAAGGCUGUUCACCAGAAACUUCUUGGCAUUACUUCUACUUACGCCAACGAGGGAUAUGACUAUCCUGUUCACUUGAAGGAGUCUUUCACCGACUUUUCUAAGCAAGUGCAGGACAAGUUCCAGUCGCUCUCCCAGGCUCACACUGCUGCCGAAGCCCAGGCUGCCCUUGUCAAGGCGGGACCUAAAGGUCAGCCGAAGACCCUUGCGCACGCCCUUGCUCGUGCCGCUUAUGCUUCAGCCGACCUCUUGGGUACCUCAGACCCAUUCGGAGCUGCCUUGUCCAAGGUGGCCGAUGCUGAGGAAAAGGUUGGGGAGGCCCGCCUGCAGCAGGACGACCAAAUUCAUUCUCGCUUCAAUGCAACCAUCAACACGGCUUUGUCCAUCAACCUCCAAUUUGCCGCCCGCGCUCGCAAAUCGGUUCAGAAUGCCCGUCUUACGCUUGAUGCAGCGAAGGCUUCCGCUCGUUCCGCUAAACCUGAACGGGCGGAUGCCGCGCGUGUCGAGAUUGAGCAGGCCGAGGACAACUUUGUCGCUGCAGUUGAGGAAGCAAGUGGUGUUAUGAAGAACGUAUUGGACAGCCAGGAAGCUACCGGAGCCUUGCAGCAACUUGUGCAAGCCCAGCUUGAUUAUCACAAGAAGGCCGCCGAGGUUUUGAGUGGCAUCAUGGGAGAAAUCGAA